UUUAGUGAAUAGGAGGAACCAAAUGUGAAUCUCCUGGCCUGGGUACUCUCCUGCAUGCGAGCUUUGCAGAAAUGGAGAACUACUACUUGAAAAAACACUUGGAAGCUGAGCAGAAGCACCUUUCCUGGGAUUCUCGACUUAAAUGGAGGAAAGCAGCCGCUCUUCUCCGUUCUAGAAGGUUCCGUGGUGUCGUUGAUCUGGCAAACCAGGCCAGGGCUGAGAUACAGGGUUCAGUUGAAGUUGCUGUUAAGGUUCAAAGAGCAGCAAUACUACAGUUUGACAAAGAUGAGCUUGCAUCUAUCAAACGUGACCAUGAUAUUGGGUCAGGUCAAAAUUUGGUGGCAAACAAUGAACUUGCUAUGGGUAUAGCAGGAACCCAGGUUGCCAGAGGACGUUCUGAUGUUAUCAAAUUGGAUCACAAUUUUAGAACUGCAGCAAGUGUGGCCAGAUGGAAUCGUGCAUACAUAAACAUCCAAAAUUUUAUGCAGUUCCAGUUAGCAAUUAACGUAGUUGCUCUGGUGAUCAAUGCUGUUUCUGGACGUGUUUCAGGAAACGUUCCCCUUACUACUGUGCAAUUACUUUGGGUCAACCUGAAUAUGUACACUGUUGGUGCAUGCUCACUUAUACAAAUGCCCCAGUUUUUGAAGGGUACAAGCUUCGUCACCAGGGGCAUUUGGAGGAAUAUCAUUGGCCAGAGUAUCUAUCAACUGACUGUCCUUGGAGUUCUCAAUUUCUAUGGGACGCAGCUACUAGGACUUACUAGUCGAGAUGCAAUUGCUGUUCUUGACACUGUGAUAUUCAACUCAAUAGUGUUUUGCAAGAUGAUUAAUGAGAUGAUUCAGAUGAAUAGGCAUGAAAUAGAGAUGAUAAACACAUUUGACAACUGGAUAUUGGUAGGAUUCAUGAUUUGCACUUUGGCCUUCGAAGUUGUCAUAGUUGAGUUCUUGGGAGUGGUUGCUAGCAUUGUGCCACUAUGGUUACUCGGGAUUUUUAUUGGAUCAGUUAGCAUGACUGUUGCAGUUGUCCUGGAGUGCACGCCUGUUGGAAGUUCAGCCAAAGGGACUGGUGAUGGCAUGGCCACAGAAGGACCGGAAAUUCAUAGAUUCUCUGCUGAGCAGCUGAAUGCUGUUAUGAAGUUGGUCCAGGAAAAAUUUCAAGUCGCUUUCCACUGUCCAAAAACAGCACUACUGAAGAUCAAUAACAGUGCCAUAUUUAGAUCUGUUGGUGAAGUUAGAAUCUCAGCUCAAAUGAUGCAAUGUACCUGUGUGGUGUUGGCAACUUUUGUGGUUAUAGUAAGGGUUGGGGAUAACAAUGAUUUUGCCUUCUCCAUGCUGACAUUUUUGGUGAAGCAGAAUAUUAAUGGUAUUACAACCAUCGUCAAAUUUUGGCUUACUUUUGCGGUUGACUAUGGUUAUGCCUCUGUGGUGAUAGCUUUGCUGGUAAUGAUAAGAAUAGUGGUGGAAAAAGUGCGUUGCAACGAGAUCGAUGAUUGGUCUUCAAGAGAUGCAACUAGAUUUGUCGUCGAUUAUGCUCUUGCAAUGUUAGAGUAUUUACUCUUCCUUAAAUAGAUUAGAAUAUAUAAACAAGGUAUCACUUGUAAUUAUGUAUAGCUAGUUGAGUUGGGUUUAAAUUUUGCCAUUGAUUUUUUCCUUGGGAUGUAAUUGGGCAAAUUACUUUACACCCUUAUUGGUAUAUUUCUAAAUUUUAUCAAUAUGAAACAUCACUGUUUUGAAGCUGAUA